CUUUAAGGUCAGUUUGUUUAUUCAGUUUGUACAGGCAUAACAGAGCAGUCAAUAAAGAUAUUUCCCUUCUGUCUUCCCAAAACAAAUCAUUGCUCCUUCAGAGGGAUACUUUAAUAUUGUGUGCACCUUUCAGAGCCUGUACUUUACUACUUUUACAAGGGUCUUUUUUUUCCACAAGUAUCUGUAGGCCUACUUCUACCUAAGUAAAGACUGUGCACCAGUGAGCAACACACCCAGCUGCUCAGGGUCUGUCUCCGACUAUCAGCUCCAGAUCAGUCUCUCUCAGAGGACAGGGGCUCCUGAUGAAGUGGGACAGUGACGGACUGUCUCUCCACACCAGUCGGCGCACCUCACAAGGGUUUAACUCUUGGCAUCGGUCUCCCACACAUCACCACACCCUUGUCGCCCGAUUGGUCCAAAGUUUCUCCCGGCACCGCCCCUCAAGCCCGGCGGCUCCGCCCUUCAGGCGCUCUCCGCAGCCUGUUGCUGCCAAACCAGCUGGCAGUUUCUACUGAUAUCCUCACUUAUUACUGUACACUGGAGACUCUGACCUUUAAACUCUCAGCCUGCAGCUUUACAGCGAGGAGAUCUCCGCUCCCCCCCCCAAAAAACCACCAUGAUGCGGACCGCGGACAGACCUCCUCACUCACCUUCAGCUCUGCAACCUGUGAUUUAACACCCUUUCUUUUUUUAAAAAAGCGACUUUAAGACCACUUCAUGCAUCAUACGAGGCAGCAGCAGCAGCAGCACUUGAGGUGAACAUUUGAGUUUUCUUCAUGAACUGGUGAAGCUGCUGGAGGAAAGCUGUUCACCGAGCUCCGCCGGGUCUCCACCCCUUCACCUGACCCGCGCGCUACUCCCAGAGUCCUCUCCGGCGGCCCGGGGCGGACAGGAUGGGCUCCCCGGUGCGGACGCCGGGAGCUCUCCCGGCGUGGAAAGCCACGAUCUUCCUCUUAAACAUAAUCUCUGCCGCCGUGGCCAAAAGACACGUCGUGUACUGGAAUUCGACGAACACAAGGUUGACGGCAGGAGAUCUGUCCAUCCAGGUGAAUCUGAACGACUACCUGGACAUUUACUGCCCGCACUACCCCAGCAAGGGCGCCCAGGGACCCGCUCCGCCGGAGACGCUGGCCCUCUACCUGGUGGGAGAGGCCUCUUUCCAGGGCUGUGUGGAGACCAGAGGGGCCAUCAAGAGGUGGGAGUGCAACACCCCUCACGCUCCCUACGGACCGGUGCGCUUCUCUGAAAAGAUCCAGAGGUUCACCCCCUUUUCGCUGGGGUUUGAGUUCCUGCCAGGGCGCCACUAUUACUACAGCUCUCUACCCACAGAUGAAGGCCCUCCUCUGCCAUGUAUGAAGUUGCGUGUCACCGUGUGCUGUGAGCCCACGUCAGAGGGUUCGAAACAAAUACAAGAAACUGAGCCUCAAAGCAGUGUUUGCUCACUGACGACAUCUUCACCUCCUCUCCUCAUCCUCCUCCUCCUCAUCCCCGUCUUCCUCUUCCUGCUGACCACCUGACGUCCUCGUUCCGUCCUCGCGGCUGACCUCGCGCCCCUUCUCCCAUGGAAUGGGGGGGGGUGGAUAUUACUCAGAAGUACACAAUGCAAUCUACGCUCAGACAGUGAAUGCCAUAAUGCAAUCUAUGCUAAGCUAUCGCAAAAAAAAAAAAAAAAAAGACCCCUUACCUGUGAAAUUCCAGGAAGAACAGUACGUCCUCCUCAGAACAGGGCCACAGUGACUCAGGGCCGAAUCACUCACUGUAAUAAGCCCGUUGUGUAAGUCGUAACGCAGAAUAUUACACAUAGAGCUUCAGUAGUAAUAAGACUCAUCUCCCACUCUGAUGCCAGCAGAACGAUAAGCCUGCCAGCACAAAGUUUCCUUCUUUUUUUUUUUAAUCAUUUUUUUAAUCAAUCGUGUCUUUUUUUUCCCCUUCAUGUUGUGUCGGAUGUACGCGUCUGAUUAUCUGCCUCGAGUGACAAAGUUGGCCAAACAAACACACACUACUGUACUGAGUGGCUCAGGUCGGAGGGGACUUUUGUUAGUGACACAUUUUAAACUGCCUUAUAGCCUCCGAGUGAGAUAAUUGUGUCAAACUAAUUAGAUUUGGGCAUUUUUUAGGAUCAACAUGCUGGAAAAUUCUGGAAUAGUCAGGCAGGGCUGCUGCGCCCUCUACUGGGAUUGAACUGGUUUAACUGGAGUUGGACUGGGUUGGCCAUCACCUCAGAAAACUGGACAUUAGAUUAUUGGAGCUGCAAUGUUAAAAAAAAAAAAAUGGGGACCUUUGACAGAGUUUGUCUUCUCUGAUUGGACCCCCUGCUGUGCUGCUGCCUCCCCCACGCCUCUGUCUGAAGCACAGAAACAGAGUGGGUUAUGGGUAAAACAGAGAGCAUCAUCACGUCUCGCUCCACUGUACACACUGCGGACCGCUCGAUGCUCCUGCCGACCGCCCAGAUGUGCAGAUAGGCACACAAGCUUUUUUGUUCAUUUUGUUGUCUUUUUUUUUUUUUUUUUUUACGCGGGAUCCUAGAUUUUUAGAUCAACUUUAAUGUAUAGUUAAUAUAUUCUGCAAAAUUCAACAUAUUAACUACGAAAUUCAAUGUUUAAGUGUGAGCCGAUCUCUGAUAUUUAAGUCGGACAAAAACAUGCAAACAAUGAUUUAUACUGCGGGUACAUUUGUAUAUACUGGGUUGUUUUCAACGCGCUCUGCUGCAAUGUUACACAAGUUACACGAUCCAAUGGUGUGAUUAAUUCUUUUUUUUUUUUUUUUUGUCAAAUUGUCUAGAAGAAAUCACUUAAAUCGACUGUUAUCAAUUAAGACAAAAUAUUACGAUGAAUUCACAAUUAAAUUCUUUUUCCAGAUGCUUUAAAUUGAAAUUGGAAAAAAUAAAAUAUGGGUGUGUAUUUUUCAUUUGAAUGAAAUGUUUAUAUAUUAAUAAAAUUACGUAAUUAUUUCCCCCCUCAGAAAAUCUAAAGUUUAAGUUGCACAGCUUGUUUAAUCUUUAAAAAAAAAAAAAAAAACUACAUUGUGAGCACUUAAUAUAUAUUUCCUCCAAAUAUCCUGUUGUCGUGCUGUAAAUCACACCAGUCAUGCCAUUUUUUUGUUUUUUCAACCGCAUUUUCCUAAGAGUUUGAAUAUUUGUGAAAUAUUAUCAGUGAUGUAGAUUUUUGUUGCAAUCAUGUUAAGUAGUGAUUUGUUCUGUGAUUUCUUUGUGAUUUUCUAUGUGUGUGUGUGUGUGUGUGUGUGUGUGUAAAAUGUGUUCUGCUUUCACAUUUUAGUGAAGAAUGUCGCUUCUUCUGUGAAGAGCCAACUGCAAUCUGAGCCUUUUCUUUUUUUUCUUUUUUUUUUUUUUACGCGGCGAGACAACAAAAUAAAUAUGAUUGCAUUUAAA